GCCAUUUAGGACGUAUGCAGAAAACGCUCACUUCCUCUGCUACUCAUCUGCACUGGAAAAAGCCGGGGCCAUGGUUGUCGCCUGAAAACGGAUCGGUGUGACUCGGACUGGAAGGACGGACAGAGCCUAAAAACCCUGUUUCAGGUGUCAGCUGGUAAAGCUUGUGAGAGUGUGUGGGUGUGUGUGUGAGUGUGUGUGUGCGUGUGUGAGUGUGUGUGCGUGUUUGUGUGUGUGCACGCACACGUAUAGGCACGUGUGUUUUCCCAGCCCAGUCGGUAUUUGGAGCAGAGUGUGGCCUGAACAAAUCCCAGAGGGACAAUGAGCGAGCUGGAACAGUUGCGGCAGGAAGCCGAGCAACUACGCAAUCAGAUCCGGGAUGCCAGGAAAGCCUGCAGUGACUCCACUCUGUCACAGAUCACAGCUGGUCUGGAUUCAGUGGGCCGGAUACAGAUGCGGACGCGGCGCACUCUCAGGGGCCACCUGGCCAAGAUCUAUGCAAUGCACUGGGGAAGCGACUCCAGGUUACUUGUCAGUGCCUCGCAAGAUGGAAAGCUAAUCAUCUGGGACAGUUACACAACAAACAAGAUGCAUGCCAUCCCACUGCGCUCUUCCUGGGUGAUGACUUGCGCCUACGCCCCCUCUGGGAACUAUGUGGCCUGCGGAGGCCUGGACAACAUCUGCUCCAUAUACAGCCUGAAGACCCGCGAAGGCAACGUGCGCGUCACCCGAGAGCUACCUGGGCACACAGGUUAUUUGUCCUGCUGUCGUUUCUUGGAUGACAACCAGAUACUGACCAGCUCUGGAGACACCACCUGUGCAUUGUGGGACAUAGAAACGGGCCAGCAGGCCACCACCUUCACUGGCCACACAGGUGAUGUGAUGAGUUUGUCUCUAAGCCCUGACUACAAAACCUUUGUGUCAGGAGCCUGUGAUGCCACCUCCAAACUUUGGGACAUCCGCGAUGGCAUGUGCAGGCAAUCCUUCACCGGCCACGUAUCCGACAUCAACGCCGUCAGCUUUUUCCCCAAUGGGAAUGCCUUUGGCACUGGCUCAGACGACGCCACCUGCAGGCUGUUUGACCUGCGUGCCGACCAGGAGCUGAUGAUGUACAGCCACGACAACAUCAUCUGCGGCAUCACCUCUGUGGCUUUCUCCAAGAGCGGCCGCCUGCUUCUGGCCGGCUACGAUGACUUCAACUGCAACGUCUGGGACACUCUGAAAGGCGAGCGUGCAGGUGUGCUAGCGGGCCACGACAACAGAGUGAGCUGCUUAGGAGUGACAGAAGAUGGCAUGGCUGUGGCCACUGGCUCCUGGGACAGUUUCCUCCGGAUCUGGAACUAAGACAAACCUCUUCCCCGCCUUACUCAAUCACUGCCUGCCAACUUCCUGCGCACAACCCCACCCAACAUAUCCCGACUCAUCUGCUGGGCUGGACCUGAGGGGUGCACACUGUGUCAGCCGAAAUCCUCUUAAUUCAUCUUAGUUCUCCUCUCUCUGCUGGCGACCCGCCCCAAGUACCGACUGUUUCUACCUGUCCAAGUGAUGUUUUUUUUUUCACCCAGCUAUACACAGCAACAAAAAUGAGAACCUUUCAGUAGAGUUGUCCAAUCAAAAAUAAAAUAAGAGUUACAAAAAACUGAGGAAAAAAAUUGAAGAUUUCACCCUUAUAGGGGGCGAUAAAGAGCAUCUGUUACCAUGACCAACAACAAAUGAGAUGACUGUCGGUGUGUAAUAUGUAAAUGUAUAUAUAAAGACAGUAUAUAUGUAUAGCAUUAUGUGUGUAUAUAUGCAUCAU